AUGUUGGUGUCCACCGAGGGGACAGGCCUCUCGCAGACUGCCCUCAAAGGGGUUUUUAUUAUCAUCGUGUUCGGCAUUAUAAAGUUAUGCCUUCGUCUCUACCAAGUCAGGAAAUUAUUUCGAGAUAUUCCUAAUAAAUAUGGCAUCCCAAUUCUUCCCCAUUCCUUUCUUUUUGGGCAUAUCCCAAUUGUUAUCAAAGUCAUGAGCUCGCAUCCAAAGGAUAUAUAUGGCAACUAUCUUCCCAUGCUCCUAAGGCAAGAGUACCCUGAUAUUUGUUCCCGAGGGUUAGUAUAUGUCGACGUGUGGCCCCUCGGAUAUCCAUUACUGGCAGUCUUCGACCCUGGACUUAUGAGCCAAUUCACACAAGUGCAGUCACAGCCAAAGCAUGAACAUAUCCGACGCCAAUUCGAGCCUUUUACACAAGGUCAGGACUUGCUCGUUGCUGAAGGCGAGCAGUGGAGUAAAUGGAGGCGUAUUUUUAACCCAGGCUUCUCAGCCAAAAAUAUAGUGCCAUGUAUCCCAGCGAUACUAGAGGAGAUUGAGGUAUUUCGAGAUUGGUUGAAAGAAGCUGCAAGGUCGGGGGAGACGGUGACUUUGGAACAACAGUCUGAGAAGUUGACGGUUGAUGUAAUCAGUCGUAUUGUCUUAGGCUCGCGACUUCAUUCACAAACUGAACAGAACUCAUUCUAUAGCGCUAUGAGGAACCAAACCAGUUGGCUUAGCGUCGAUAAUCAGCCUCUCGGAUUUUUGGCAACGAUGUUAAAUCCAAUUCGACCAAUCGCACUGUGGAGAAACAAUAUUACCAUGAAAUCUUUCUUGCUGCCACAUAUUCAGAAAGUCUUGAGACAAAAAGAGAAAGAACAUGGCCCCGAAACCAUUCUCAGUCUUGCUAUCCAAUCAUAUACUGUCCAAGAUGAACCUACACUGCGAGAUAGCAAUUUUAUUGAUGUUCUUGUGGCACAAUUAAAGAUUUUUAUGUUUGCAGGGCAUGAAACAACGGCUGGCAUUCUCUGCUAUCUUUAUCACAUACUUUACAGCAAUCCGACCAUCUUGGAUACCAUGCGACGCGAGCAUGAUUCAAUCUUCGGCUUGGAUUUAGCGACGACCUCAGCCAAAAUCAAAGACAACCCGACCCUCCUGAACAAACUCCCUUAUACUUCUGCGGUGAUCAAAGAGACUCUACGACUAUUCACACCCGCAGGAACGGUACGUGCGGGCAGCCCAGACUUCUUUUUGAGACAACCUGAAACUGGCGAACGAUACCCAACGAACGGGAUGAUGGUAUAUGGAUGCUCAUCUGCAACACAUCGUGACGAGGCGUUUUGGCCAGAGCCAGGGAGAUGUAUUCCUGAGCGCUGGCUAGUCCCAGAGGGGGACUUUUUGCACCCCCAGAAAAAUGCUUACCGGCCGUUUGAGCUGGGCCCUCGCAAUUGCAUUGGCCAGGAGACUGCCCAGUUGGAACUACGGGCAAUCAUGGUUAUGACAGUCCGAGAGUUUGAUAUUGAAAGUCAGUUUCCAGCGGACGGACCUCGUAUGUUUGGUGAGGUGGCAUAUCAAACAUACAAAGUUGGGAAAAUUAUACCACAGCCUCGGAAUGACAUGCCUGUGAGGGUGAUGCUUCGUACUAGUUGA